AUGGCGCGAAGUCCAUGCAAGAGUGCUGGGGUCGAGAGGUUCGGGGAGCCCGCGGAUCUGAAACGCGUCAGGGCGAUCGAGCGGCGCCUGCAGGCGCUGGACGGGGUACCGGCGCAGCUGGGGGCGCUGCUGGAGGCGGUGCUCCAGGUGCAGGCGCAGCUCGGGAGGCUGGCGCGCUCUGACCGCAGGGCCAACACGGCGGGCACCCCCACCGCAUCGCCCCUCAUCGGGCUCCCCGCCGUCAGCGCCGCGUCGCGCGUGGCGCCUGCGCUGGACGCGCUGGGACGGGCGCUCUCUAGGCCCGCCACGGGCGGCAGCAGCAUCAGCGACCAGCAGUCGUCCAUCCUGCCGCCCGCGAGCCUCACGCGCCAGCGGCGGCCGAGCUCCCACAGCAUCAACCCCAUCGUGGAGGACCCUGCGAUGGCGGGAUCCUUCCGCACAUGGUCCACGGGCCCCCGGCCUUGA